AUGAGAAAACGAUCUUACGUCCGCCAAAAACAACAAAUACUUCAAGAAUUCGUGACCAAGGCAGAAGAAUAUCGACUGAACAAGUGGCUUACGAAUGGAGAGACGACCUAUGACGUAUGGACGAAGUUGAAAUUGGAGGACAUUCCUAUCGAUGAGCUUAAUCAGUUCCCUGCGUUUAAGACCUACGUCAAGUACGCGCAACAGUUCGACGACGACGCAUAUCGGAAUUGGAGGGCUUAUGAUCACCCGCAGAUGGUCGGCAACUCGGAAAAGGAAAUGUCAGUGAAAUUGUGGCUUUGGGCCGAACAUAAGAGACCCGAUGAGUACGUCAGGAUGGCGUUGGGUCUGGAGAGAUAA